AUGAAGUCAGUUUACCUGCUGGUACUAUACCAGCUUUUUGCUUCUGUUGUAGCAUUCGGCCCAAAGGGAGGUUGGGAGCGAGCCACGUACUUUUACGCCUAUAUCGCCGAAGAAACCCAUAAGACAUCUGGCUGGAGUGUGGCUCCUAGCUGUGCCAAUCCCUCACGCAACGUGAAACUCGUCGAUGGCAGCACCAUUAAACGAUGUUCCUUGGCCGAAUUCCUGCACUAUAUCUGGGCCCCAGACAAGGACGCCGAACCCCCCCAAACGGAAAAAGAUCGCCCUAAUCUAAACGAAAUCAAAGCGAACAUCGGCAAGAAAGCCGACACCUUGACCAGCCUGACUCCCGAGAAGCUGGCUCAAGCAAUUAUGUUGACGGGCAUGACGGGGUACUCUGACUCGCAACGCAUCAUGCCCGGAACUGUCGACUACUACGACACGCUCCGCAACAUCGGCGCCCCCAUACAAGCCGCCAAGCGUCCCGCCGUAGACCGCGCCCGCGUCAAAGCUCAAGCCUGGGAAACUCGCAAUAACGUCCCGCCCGGCACCAACCCACCCGAGGCCUUCCUUACCAAAUACGAGCGUGGUAUCCUCUGGCGCUGGCCCCAAGACGCCAUGGAAGUCGUGACCCACCUCCGCAACAAGGAUAUGGACAACUACCGCAUCAACCAAGGCGGGCUGAAAAGCAAGUUCGGCGGCCGCAACAUCGUAACCAAGUGGACGCUAGCAACGAAGACAAGGACGGGACUGACGACUCUGCCCGAGGGGCCGUAUAGUACGUUGGAUUUUGACAGAACUGUGGCGGCGAAUGGGGGAGGGGCCGAUAUGGAGAGGCAGCUGACCGCUGCGAAUGAUGCGUAUUUGGCUACUAGGGGACAUCCUGCGAAUCAUAACAAGGCGAUUAAGUCAGCUGAAUUUGCUUUGGCUUCGUUGAACUGUGAUAGGAGGGGGAAUUGGAAUCCGCCGAAGGGGAGGAGGUUUAUUACCGAUGCAGAGUUGGAGUUUCUUGAGAGGAGAGAGGGGACCAGUGGGUGUGUUGGUGCUUAG